AGAUCCGAUUCUAAGCCCAUAAAAAAAAAUACCUAAAAGAGUUUUCAACGGCUAGUUUGUAUAACGGUCGGAUUUCAAAACUCCGUUUAUAUAUUGGACUUUUCAUGCCCUUUCUUGUUCUCUCUCUCUCUCGCUCUCUCUAAAACUCCAUAGUUCCUUCGUCUGUUUCCCGUUUCGACAUUUUUUCACUUCUUUCUCUAGGCAUCAUUCCACAUAUCACUGAAACGAUCAAAUCCCAAACAAUUGAAUCGAAGAUGAUGCAAGAUAUGUGGAAUGCUCCUCAGGGCUUCAGAUUCACGAAAUCAGCCCCUUCUUCUCCGGCGAAGGCUCAUGGAGUCUCGGAGUCCUUUCACGUCACCCACAAAGUUCCUGUUGGGGACACUCCUUAUGUUAGAGCAAAGCACGUUCAGUUAGUGGAAAAAGAUCCAGAAAGAUCAAUUCCCCUUUUCUGGGCGGCUAUUAAUUCGGGAGACAGAGUUGAUAGUGCUCUUAAAGACAUGGCAAUCGUGAUGAAGCAACUGAAUCGAGCAGAGGAAGCCAUAGAAGCGAUCAAAUCGUUGAGAAAUCGAUGCUCUGAUCAAGCCCAAGAGGCUCUUGAUAACAUCUUAUUGGAUCUUUACAAAAGAUGUGGGAGGUUGGAUGAUCAGACUAGAUUGUUGAAACACAAAUUGUUCAUGAUUGAACGAGGUAUGGCUUUCAAUGGAAAACGAACCAAGACCGCCCGUUCACAGGGAAAGAAAUUCCAAGUCUCCGUUCAACAAGAAGCAACCCGAUUACUGGGGAAUCUAGGAUGGGCACUUAUGCAACAGAAUAAUUACAUUGAAGCAGAAGAUGCUUACCGUAAGGCAUUACUGAUAUCACUUGACAACAACAAGAUGUGCAAUUUGGGUAUCUGUUUGAUGAAACAAGGAAGAAUUAGGGAGGCUAAGGAUACUUUAAAAAGGGUGAAUCCAGCAGUUUCAGACGGGCCAAGAGGAAUAGAAUCUCAUUUAAAAGCAUACGAAAGAGCCCAACAAAUGCUGAGAGAUCUUGAAUCAGAUUCUAUGAACAAGACCAUGGAUCGAGUAGAACAGAGCAAGCUGUUUGAUUCCUUCUUCGGUUCUUCCUCCCUUUGGCAGCCACAGCCUUGCUGCAAUUCAUCCAAAAACAGAGAUAUUGAAUCAUUUGGUGGUGACGAAAACAUCAGUUCCUCCAUUAACAUAAUCAAGCAGCAGCCAAUGAAUAAUUCGUUGAACAUUGAUGCACAGCCUUUCCAUUAUGAUGAUCCAUUUGGUUGCCAGAUUCCUCCUCAUCCUCUUAAGAGGACAAGAUCAGCCUCUGAAGUGGAGAAAAAGUGGGAAAAUCUUCUUCCCGAUAAUAAGGACUUUGAAGAUGCCAUUGUUGCAGCAAUGCUAGGAACUGAGAAGACGAAGAAGAGGCUCAAAGUUUUUCAAGACAUAACAUUGUGCCUGAGUCCAAGGAGCAGCAAGGCCUAAUCUUAUUAUUAAUUUGACUAAUUACUUAAUUAAUUAAUGAUGAUUGUUUUAGUCAAUAAUCAUUUGAAUAAUUCUUUCUUUAUCUUUACUAAUUGCUAGCUAGCUUAAGGAGGAGGAUGAUGGAGAUUAACUUUUUCUCCAGUAGAGAGGAGAUUAGAGAAGAGAAAUUGUAAUUUUCUAAUUCUAUCAGAUUAUGUAAUUUUCUUAUUUUUUGAAGUAAUCUUAUUAAA